AUGGAAAGUCAAGGGGAUUCGAUGAGUGACAAGGAGAUUGGUGAUCUUAAGCAAUCCUUAAACACUGGUAGUUUGGAUGAAGAAAAAAAAGCUAUUGCCUUGACGGAGAGCAUUUUUGCGAUUGUCAGGGCAGCAGAGAAGCUUCAAAAGCAAGCAGCUAUCAGUGUUCAAAAGGGGAAGGAAAAUGAUGCAAGGGAAAUACUUUUUCAGAGGAAGAAGGUCUUGCAAGCAUUAGAAAAGUCCAAAACCCGCAUUGAAUUGCUUGACGGACUUAUUACAAAGCUUUGUGAGGCAAUAUCUUUGAAAGAAAGUCAACUAAUGGGACAUGUUUCAUUGAAUAUUGAAGACAAAAACGAAGAUUCUUCAGGUCCAGUUCGAAUUAAAAUGUGAUGAAAUGACUAUUCUUGAUAUUCAGAUGUGCGGCUUUCUAUGGAAAGUCAAGGGGAUUCGAUGAGUGACAAGGAGAUUGAUGAUCUUAAGCAAUCCUUAAACACUGGUAGUUUGGAUGAAGACAAAAAAGCUAUUGCCUUGACGGAAAUUUCCUCUUAUGAAGCAUUAAUGGAACAUAUAGAUCAAAAACUCAGUGAGAUUGAAAUUGAACUUAUCACUGCUUUGAAAGCCUCAAACUUGUGGCUGGAUUGUGAUGAGAAACCAGAGAAUUCAAGGUGGCAACAAAUCGUGGAACUUCUUGAGAGUAUCCAUGGGAUCAGACAAAGGUACACAUUUUUAUCUGCCAAAAUUCAGAAGCAUCGGGGAGGCAACAUUAAGGAUCUGAUCACAUUUUCUGUUUUGUUCAAUUCAUCUUCUGCUGCCAGCCACCGUCAUCUGCUUAAUCAAUUGCUGGAGCAUUUACCCUUGGCAAAUUUCCUGCUGCUGAAUGGUCUGGCUCUUGGAAUUCAUAACUAUGGCUUCUGA